AUGGCCGACUUCUUCAGGAUGAAUCUGCAGCCGGCUCCGCAUCCAGUGGUCCAAGCCGCUGACUUCCCGCGAGUCCAUGCCGAAAACUUCCCGCAUGGAGAUCGCGCAGCCUUUUCAAAGUAUUAUCCAACUGGAAUUCCCGUCACCUACAAGAUGAUGCAUGGUGUGCACUCUCAGGGGGUCGCCCAGACCUAUCUGGAGGACCACCUUCCCGUGGGUUUCUACACCGCCGUGCCCCCCAAGGCAAGGGCCUUCAUCUCGACCUCUAACGGCACUCGACCGUUUCGCAAGUUGGAUCACAUCCUGCCCCAGCGCCGAGUCCAUCUAUGGUCGAAAGACGAAAUCCAAAUCAUUUGCAACUCGCUCCGCAAGCUGUACUGGAAUGAGUUCAAGGACAUGCAGCAGCCUCACUGCUGGGACGACCUGUGGACAUAUUUCGAUGCUCACGACCUCUACCAUAACGGCUGUAUGAACCUCUGGAACGUCAUCAACACGAUCUGGGAUGAAAACAAAAUCAUCGCUGUGGAUGUGAGCCGAGAAAUUGCUGCCCAUAUUGGCCACUGGGCGGAUGACUGGCUCAAGAGAGAGGAGAACAAGGAGAAACUGGUUCGAUGGGAGGAGUCUCACGGCCCCAUCUUCCGCAUUCUUGACGACCGAGACCACGAGUCCCUAGGCUUGAUUCAGGACGACGUGGUGCCGCUGAUAGCGAGCGCAUUGAAGAGCCGUCGCACUUUUCUUCUUUCUGGCAGGGAAGCAGGACAUGUCGAAGAGCCUGCGGCGCUGGUUGCAGCUUGUUGCACGAACAAGAUUGAGAACUGGCUUACUGGUCAGAGAGUUCUCGAUAACAAUGGGCUUCCGUCUCCUCCCGUAGCUGAGCCGCACCGCGGCUCGUUGUCGCUGAAUGGGCCGGCUCCAUGCCUUGUGGAAAACGGGAAGCACUACUAUCUCACGCAACAUUCAUUGCCGCCCCCUGAACCACCUACUAGGCCCAUUGAGGCUCUUCAAGCUUUGCAAAAGUCUGCCAUAGGCGCUGCAGUCUUCCGACCUGCUGAAGCUGCCAAGACUGGCAUCGUCAUUGCCAAUGGUAGCAAUAUGCCAAAGCGAUUGCAAAUGGCUGUUGAGAAAGCCGACCCCAAGACAUCAAGCGAGGAUCAAAGUCAGAGCGAUCCUCGAAGAAGUGCAUCGAUGCCGGAGACAUCAUCUCCCGUGGCUGGUUCCAGCAUGCAACCAAGGCGCAACGAGGUCUUGCUAGGUGCUGGCAAUGAACUUGCUGCCGAUGCCGAGGUCAGACGGAGUUCUGAAUCAGCAUGUCUCCCGGAUCGUGGCAAAUCAUCUCCAGGCCACUCCUCGCUUGCAAAGCACUCUGGCGCAGAGACAAUGAUGGACAAACUCACGAGAGAUGUUGCCGACCUGGAGCAUACCGAGAAAGGUUUCAAAGGCAUGAAUCACACGUAUGGCGAGAGGGCAACGUUGCCACCCGCUCACAGCCACUUUUACCAACCUCGACCCAUUGAGCGACCUGACUAG